CGAAACUGAGCGAUACUAUUUAAAAACAAUGUUUUAAGAAAGCAUGUUUCUACAGUCCUAAUGAACACAACCCUGGUAGCUUGAAACCCCAGCUAUUGGGAGUUACAUUCACAAUGAGUGAAAGAGUGGCUUUGAAAACGGGACAUCAACCAGUAGCACACAUAGUGAGUUCUCAGUGGAUCCACUGACCAGUUCAUAAUUUAUGGAUCAAUUGACUUCUAUUCUAGUUUAAUUGACCAGGUGAUUAGCUUGCGGUGCAACAUACAUUAUCUGAGUAGAGCUGUGCUUGACACCGCAACGCCUCAUUGACCUCGCAAUGUCGAAGCUCAUGGGCUGCAAGCGUUAUCGAGACGCUCUCUGUCUCACAGUGUCUCUUUGUCUCCCCUUUUCUGAGCGGCAUUGACAACUGGGACGAAACAGCACAUGGAUGUUUUGGUGUGCUGGAUGUGUGUGUGUGAAUGCGUGUAUUCAUGUGUUGCACCAUGUGUGUUUCUCUCCACAGAUUUCUUCUGGUUGUUCCACUGUGCUGUGUUUCCCUAGUCCCUGUCUGUCUCUUGACAAAAGGAGACGUUCAUGAAUCCAAUUCUGCCCCACCAGUGAGCUGAAGGUGUUGAAGUCUCUCUACUGCUAAUGAUGUCUUCCAAGCAAGCCACAUCUCCGUUUGCCCCAGCGACGGAGGAAGAGGAAGCGAUGGGUCAGGACGAUGUGGGCUGGGCCAAUGAGGACAGAGAAAGCCAGGACCAGCCGGCCUCACCCACUCUGCACAGCAAACCCCUCCCAGAGGAGCACCAGCCAAUCAGAGACAGCCAGCCUGAGUCGGCGUGGAAGAGUAUAGGCUCUACUCAGACGGACAAUGGUAGCAGCAAGGGCUGUUCCUUGUACUCCUACCGGAAUAACUCUACCUCUCCACCAAAGCCCGAGGAUUGUUCUCGGGAGCGGGGCGAGCAGCUAGGCGGAUCGACCUUCGGAACACUUGAGCGCCGCAAAGGAAGCCUGGCCGACGUGGUGGACACACUGAAACAAAAGAAACUGGUGGAGCUGACAAAGACAGAGCAGGACGAGUCGACCUGUAUGGAGAGACUUCUGUCUAAAGACUGGAAAGACAGGAUGGAAAGACUGAAUGCCAGCAAACUCCUAGGAGAGGUCAAAGGUACCCCAGAGAGUUUGGAGGAGAAGGAGCGGCAGCUGUCCACCAUGAUCGGCCAGCUUAUCAGCCUGCGGGAGCAGCUCCUGGCGGCCCACGACGAGCAGAAGAAGAUGGCUGCGUCACAGAUGGAGAAACAGAGGCAGCAAAUGGAGCUGGCCCGCCAGCAGCAGGACCAGAUUGCGAGGCAACAGCAGCAGCUCAUGCAGCAGCAGCACAAGAUCAACGUUCUCCAGCAGCAGAUACAGGUGCAGGGUCACAUGCCUCCUCUGAUGAUCCCAGUGUUUCCUCAUGACCAGCGAUCUCUGGCUGCUGCCGCCGCUGCUGCACAGCAGGGCUUCCUCUUCCCACACAACAUGUCCUACAAACCAGGUGAUAACUACCCCAUGCAGUUCAUUCCAUCCACAAUGGCAGCUGCAGCCGCGUCAGGACUGAGCCCGCUACAACUACAGCAGCUGUACGCCACCCAGCUGGCCAGCAUGCAGAUCUCACCUGGAGCCAAAAUGGCCUCACUGCCACAGCCUCCCAACUCCUCAGACCCCCUAUCGCCCCCCGGCUUAAAGAGUGAGAAGAGAGUGUUGAGUCCUGUCACUCAUUUUAAGGAGGAAGGGUCAACGCAGCCCCUGAACCUCUCAGCCCGAUCCAAGACUGGCGACCGCUCCCCGUCCUCGCCCUCACACACCCUGUUCCCCAGCAACAAGACCAGCCCCAUCACCAUGGGGAAGGGGCGCAUCCCCAGCCCUCUCUCCAACAUGGGCAGAGGCUCACUGGGUGGGUGCAGUGAACACACACACAUGCCUGCGCACACACUCACAGACAUCCUAUCCAGUCUGAACUCCACAGCGUUGUUUGGGGACCAGGACGCAGUGAUGAAGGCCAUCCAGGAGGCGAGGAAGAUGAGGGAGCAGAUCCAGAGAGAACAGCUUCAUCAUCAGCAGCAGCAGAGCCUGGAGGCCAAGCUCACAGCCCUGAGCGGCAUGAGCCUCAGCAAUGGCAACAAGGAGCGGAUGCACUUUGAGAGUUUGAGUCAGCACCUGGGCAACCUGGGAGAGGAUGGAAAGAUGGGCCACAGGGUCAUUGACCUCACCAGACCUGAGGAUCUUCAUGGUGGUGCCAGCACUACGGAAGCACGGGUCUUCAGGGAGGCCAGGGGCAGGAACAGUGCCGAGCCCCACAUCAAGAGGCCCAUGAAUGCCUUCAUGGUGUGGGCCAAGGACGAGAGGAGGAAGAUCCUGCAGACCUUCCCCGACAUGCAUAACUCCAACAUCAGCAAGAUCCUGGGCUCUCGCUGGAAGUCCAUGAGCAACCAGGAGAAGCAGCCAUACUAUGAGGAACAGGCCCGUCUCAGUAAGAACCAUCUGGAGAAGUACCCCAACUACAAGUACAAGCCCCGGCCCAAGAGGACCUGCAUCAUCGACGGGAAGAAGCUGCGCAUCGGGGAGUACAAGCAGAUGAUGCGCUCGCGGCGACAGGAGAUGAGGCAGUUCUUCAGUGUGGGGCCACAGCCUCAGAUCCCCAUCAGCAACAGCGCUGGAGGCCUCUACCCGGGCGCCAUCACCAUGGCGACAGCCACGCCUUCACCGCACCUAACAUCAGACUGCUCCAGUGCAUCGGCCAGCCCCGAGCCCGCAAUUCCUGUCAUCCAGAGCACGUUCGGCGUGGUCAAGCCAGAGCCGGUUGCCAUGGUGACCGGUGACCACCCAGUCAACGGGGAGCACGAGAUAGACAUGUACGAAGACUUUGAGGAUAAAUCGGACUACAGCAGCGACCACGAGACACGGGAGCCUGUCAGUGCCAACUAAACCUGCUCAGAAGAACUUCUGAACUUUUAGAAAAAAAAUUAAGCAGGACAAUAUGACAGAGACUGAGUUUUGCUCAGAACAACUUUUCAACAGUACAAGGGGGUGGAACAGUUUGUCCGGGAUUUGAUGCAUCACGGACUGAGCAUGCUCAGAUUUACUCUGGACAGGACGUGACAUACACUGAGAAUUCUCUGAUUGCCUCUGGACAGGAUGUGGCAUUCUCUGAUUGACUCUGGACAGGAUGUGACAUACAAUGAGCAUUCUCUGAUUGACUCUGGGCAGGAUGUGACAUACACUGAGCAUUCUCUGAUUGACUCUGGACAGGACGUGACAUACACUGAGAAUUCUCUGAUUGCCUCUGGACAGGAUGUGACAUACACUGAGCACGCUCUAAUUAACUCUGGACAGGACAUGACAUACACUGAGCAUUCUCUGAUUGAAUCUGGACAGGUUGUGACAUACACUGAGCAUUUGAAGAUCUUGCAGUCUGCCCAUGUUUCUCAAACUACCAUUUUGGACAAGAACACUUUUUCUGAACAAUCCCGUACCAAGUGAUUGGGCUGAGACAACCUCUAGACAGUGAACAAGACAAUCCAACACAGACAAGAGCAAGUAAGAGUCAGGGCGAUGAGAAGAGAAUGUUCGAACAAAGAGAUAACUGACACAUUUCUGCGUGUGGUUUUUUACAGGAGAGUCCAUGGACUUGACUGAGACAUCAGAAAUUGGUCUUCAACAGCUAUCGGUGUUAAAUGUUUAUUUUAAGUGUGAUUAUGUUUUUAUGAUGUUUCCUUUGAUUGUGGGUUUCUGGAUUUCCAUGGAAACUUUCCUGACAGGUUACUUACUGCCUGUAAAACCUUGGACUGUCAGGACUUUAACAUUUGAAAGUGAAUAUAAAUCAUUAGCUUUCAUCUUACCUUAUUAUUUCUUAUGAGUACAAUACAUCUAAACCUUUCUCCACAAAUGCUUACAAUAUGUUACAUUACUGUUCAUGAUGGGGUUUAUAUCCUUGCUCAGGUAUGCUGUGCCAGCUUGUGAAUGUGUUUUGAUUUCAUACGAGUAAGUGGUAGACAUUUUCAGACUGACAAUGAAACAGAGGAGAAAAUACCUAUUAUUAUAAUUAUUAUUUUCUGAGAUAUUGUACAGUUUUUCUUCAAAUGUGCCAAACCUACAUUCACAUCACUCAGAAAUAUUCUAGUCUUAAUGCUGAUGCUGCAAUAAGUCUUAUACAGUCCGUUUUCAUUGCUGAGGUGUCCCUAUUAGGAGAAACUGCCGCUUUAGCUGACAUCUGCAGUGCGGACGUUUUGGUGGUGGUGUCGGAGGUGGAACUGCGUUAGCGCUGUCAAAUCCACAAGAAGGUCUUUGCAUUAUAUACCUAAAGCAGACAUUGCCAUUGGCUGCACGGAGUCGCAUUAAGAAAAAUCCCAUGCAGCUUUGUUUACAAGUUGGAACACUGGAAUGUGAGAUGUAAUUUACACCUCAAUUAGGCUGAUAGAAAUCCACAUCUUUUCACUGAAUGAUUUUCAGUUUGAGCGCCAUUAUUUCUACAGUAUAUAGCCUGCACUUUCUCGUUCUGAACUUCUAACGCGAGUGGGAUGGGUGUGACUUCGUGACAAUGAUCAAGAGCAGCUGCUCACUGAUUUGACAGCUCCAACACCAACAAAACAUCAGCUAUGCGGGUGUUGCCUAUCGCUGGUUAACACUUAACCUGAUUUGAAUCUAGCCUAAUUUUGUAUUGGCUGUUUAGAGAAAACCAAAAAACAAUGGGUUACAGUUUCUCCUGGCCCAUAGAAUACUUUCAGGGUGAGGAAUAAUCUAACACCGAUUUGUACAAUCCUGAACUUCCCCUUUAAUUCAUCCAUAAUGCAAAGGGGCCAAAAACGAUCAAAUUCGUUAUUUUGGUCAACUGUUACAGUACACUGACGUUCAGCUGGAGUGGCUUUUAGGUUUGAAAUCUCUUUUGUUUGACUAUAGAGGUUGUGAAUAAAACAUGUUGUAUAGACUCUGCAAAUGUUGAUAAAGACACAGGACAUCAUAAUAGGCACAAUAAGUCUUAAAGUUGAACUCUUCAAGUUCUAUUUGUCAUACAGGAAAAUGCAGAGGAGCGGCCCCGACAGUCAUCUAUAUGGUAGGGCCACCAUAUAUUUAGUUUUUUUUAAAUGUAGGUUUUAUUUACUCUAUUGUACCUAGAUUCAGAAGGUCAGAUUUGUUUAUGUGAAUUGAUCAGUUUACAAUUAUGUAGCCAGAGAUGGUUUUCAAAAUACAAACCAAUGUUUUGUUUUUGUAAAAUUGGUAUAUUGGCAAAGAAAACAAAAACAUCAAUAUUGGUCAAUAUUAGCUCUUAGCAUUUCAAAAAAGUAGUGCAAGAAUAUUUUGAAAUAGAUAUUUCAGGUAAAUUAAAAUAUACCCAUAAGUCCUAUUUUCACAUGCCCAUCUCUACUUUGAAAAUAUGUAUACUUUUACAACCUCUAUUUUAGGCGGGUUUAGGUUACUCUGUUUUCUGGUUGAUUUGUAUGUGAUUUGUAUCUCUUUACGACCAUGUCGAAUUAUAUUUUGUAGGUUGGUAGAAAAUAACAUUUUUGUUACGACUGAAGUUUGAUUUUGCUUGCAAUACAGAGAAAAGGAGAGCUGUACUGUUCACCUCAUGCAAAGACAUUGUUUCAAGUUUUAUAAGCAUCACAGGCACUGGAUAUGAGUGGUAUUUUUUCAGUACUGUCUAAUGUGAAGUUGUUGUUAGAAAACAACAAUGACAGAAUUCUGACAAACAAAACUUCACCUGUGUGGAUGCCAGAUUUGAGUACAUUUCCAGUUUAGUAACAUUUGUAUUAUUUAUGCAGAAAUAGUUGUUUUAGCUUCAGUGCUGCCUGAAGUGCUCUGACCUUUGACACAAAUUCAAAGGUCACUCAGACCACCGGUCAGUUUCAACCUACAGAAGCAGACGUAAUUUUUCCUGGCCCCACACAUUUUGUGUUAAGUAUUGUAUUUGAAAUUCAAUUGUGCAUUUUAACAUUUCAUUGUAUUUAUUAGCCGGUGUUGGCUCUAAAAGUGUCAGUACAACUUGGUGAGACAGACAAUCAGAAAAAAAUAAAGACUGAGAUUUCCUUACAAA